UUUGUUUCAAAAGUUCAAAACUCCAACUUUUUCUGAUUUUUAUCAUCACAUUGAAGAUGUUUUAAUCAUGAAAUUACAAAAAACUAUCGAAAAAUGAUUCGUGAAGACUUCUAUCAAAGUUUCAACUUUGGAUUUCUUGCCGAAGCUUUCCCUUCACGAGCGCAUUGGAGGAGUGAUGAUUGAAUCGGUUUCAUCUUCAUCGUGGUGUCUUCUCCGGUGUAUGAACCAGUAAAAAUGGCAAGCAGUGAUAGAUUCAGGCAAAAGAAAAUAUCUCAUCUGAAGCGAUCUCUACAGAAAGAGGAAACGGAACGUAAACUCGAUGAUCUCAGUGGUUCGGAUAACGAAGAUAUUGACUUUUCCAAAGAAAUCCGCCCGAUUGGUUAUUACAUCAACGAUCGAGAAAAAAUGAUCGAAGAAAUGUUUUCUGUGAUAAAAAACGAAAAAUUGAGGAAAAUGCUUCCUCCUACUUUAAAAGGUUAUAGCUUGGAAGAAAUCAAAGCAGAUUGUUUAGUUCACUUGUUGGGAAUGUCAAAGAAACGGAUUUACGCUACUCUACAAGGUCGUGAUUUGAAUAGUUCUUCGGAUUCGGAAAGUGAUACUACGAAUUCAGUUCUUGGUUCAGAUUCAUCUGAAGAACCUCAAAUAACUAGUAGUACUCAAAUUAAAUCCGAUAUCGAAGAAAUCGAUGACACUUUGGAUAUCACAAUUUCUAAAAACGAUCUCGAUGCAUUAAUACCAGAUAAAAAAACUCACCCGAACACGUCGAAAAAACGCGCUGAUAAAUCCAAACUGCAUGGAAAACCUAGCAAGAAAAUCAAAGUCGAACGAUCACCCAGUCUCAUCGAAAUUUCCGACGACGAAAUAAUCGUCAAAAAGAAGAAGAAAAAAGAUGAAAAACGCUCGAAAAAGAAACCAGAAACGAAAGCAAAACCUAAACAUAAACAUUCUAAAGAGAAAUCGAAAAAAGCCAAAAACGAUUCGAGCAGCGAAAGCUCCGAUAAAGAAGACACGACCGAAGAAGGCAGUGUUCUCGUUGACUCGAAAAAAGGCAAAAGUCUAUUAGAAAUUUUAGAAUUAGAAAUGCGAGCUCGAGCCAUCCGAGCUCUUUUAGAAGCCAACACCAGUGCUCUCGAGUCAACCUCUAAAAACGCUCCCGAAGCUGCCACCGAGGUCGCCAUCGAAUCAACUUCCAAAGCGAAGCAGACCCUCGAAUCGACCUCCGAGGUGAAACAGGAUCCUGAAUCGAAAGAAAACCAAAGUUCUGAAAAAGCCAACACUUCGACUGAAGAUCCUGUUGACGAAUCAGAUUCCUUUGACGUUGAAGUAAUCGACGACGAUGUUGCUAUUAUUAUUCUCGAUGAUGCUGAUGAUCAGAUCGACUUGGAAUCGGAUAAUGUUUCCAAAUCGAACGAAAACGAAUCUUCUAAGAAGAACUCUGCUGAAAAAGAACAACGCAAAAACAGUUCUUCUGACAAAGAAUCGUCUAAGAAAAAAUCUGAAAAAGAAACGUCCAAGAAGAGCCCUCCUGAGAAGGAAUCAUCUAAGGAUACCUCUUCUGAGAAAGAACCAUCGAAAAAAAAUUCUCGUGAGAAAGAUCCACCUAAAAAUACCUCCCCUGAGAAAGAAUCAUCCAACAAGAGUCCUCCUUCGAAGGAACCACCUAAAAGCAACUCAACUAGUGAUCUUUCCACGAAAGAACCGCCCAAGAAAAGCCCUCCUUCCACAGAAUCAACUAAAAACAACUCAGUUAGUGAUCUUUCUACCGAAGAAACUCCUAAUAAUGACUCCACCUCGAAAGAACCUGCUCAAAAAGACACCACCGAAAACGAAAUCGCUCAAAUUGACCUCACAUCUGAACCUAGUACCUCCGAAGGUGAUUUGACUUGGCCCGAACGAUGGGCCGAAAGUAAAGGCGUCAAGGAGAUAAUUCAAAACAGUAAACUAUGCGCUAAUAUACGUAAACGAAUGAGAUUCGCUAGAAUGUUGAAGCAAAAACAAGAAGAACAACAGCAGCAGCAACAACAACAACAACCACAACCACCUCAACAAGAUUCCCAACCAGAGAACCCUUUGAUUUCCGAAUUGAAACGAGUAGAAGAAGGUAGCGUUGAUCAAUUACAGUUGUUGAAGUUAUUAGAUGAAACUAAACAGAAAAGCGAUCAACUUAGCAAAAAAAUAGCCGAACCUGAGCCUAAGAAAGUGACACAAUCUCAGCCUAAGACAUUAGCACAAUCCCAGCCUAAAAUAACCAGUAAACCUAAAAAAACGAGCGAUUCUCCAGCUAGCGAUAAGGAAGAAGGUGAAAUAGAUGACGAUGACGAUGAUGAUGAACCCAGCGACCAAGUUCAUCAGUCGAAUGAUCACACAUCCGUAUCACUUUUGGAUAUCGGAGUACCAGAUGAAAAUGUUUCGUGUCUUAUCGAUAUAACUGACGAUGAUUGAUGGUAAUAUUAUUGUUGACGUAAUCGAGGAAAAAAUUGUCAACUUUUGCCGAACUGAACUGAUCACAUUUAUAGAAUGGUGAUCUUGUUUCAAGACUGAAUGUAGUCGAAGUUAAUGCGGGUGAUGAGGGGAUAAUGAAGCCAGGCUGAGGUUAUCAAGUUUGUAGUUGAAUUGUGAGAUGCUUAUUUUACUCUCACCUCCUUUUGUUACUCAAAGUUGAAGAUUGAAAUUGUUCUGCGUUUUGUUAAAAGUUGAAAAAAAAAUUAUUUGAGGAUCCUAGUUGAUAUUUUGUAACGAACGAGACACUGUAUUUAUUCCAUUCAACGACUAUUUUGCGAUACAUGUGGCGACAAAUUUCGUAUACGUGAUAUUAAUAUUUUACCAUCUGCUUUAUGUGUACUCAAGUUGUAAACAGAGUUCAUUUUGUUCGCUACUGUUCUCGAUUAAACAUCUUUAUUUGA